ACAGCGGGCAGAAGAAUUGAGUUCCUUUUAACUGACCCACCUUCAUUCACAUGGACUGGAUUUUCUCUGAAUUUAAACUUUGCACCAGUGGAAAAUCAACAAAAUAAUUCAAAUUAUUCCUCCUGUGGCUGCUGCAGAGGAGAACCAGAUGUCGUAAACCAAGACUGAAGCCUACCACAUUUUGGGGGAUUUGAUGCUGAACAUCUACAACUAAGAAACCAUGGGAGUCUGUCCUGCUGUGUCCAUGUUUUUCCGGAAGUGCAAGUAUAUGAUACUGUUGCUGCUCUCCGUCUCCGUCUUGGCUUGGUACGCCACUUUUGCCGGUGAAACAGUGAAAGCAAUUCAGGGAACCCUUUUGCCAGCGCAAACACUUGCUGAUAAUACUGAGGUCCUGAGUGGGGGAGAAGGAGACUCGUGGAGAUCAGUGACACAGGUCUUCUCCAAUCCUCUCCUUGACACCUCACCAUCAAAACAAAGCUGUCCUGAGAAAUCGCCACUGCUCCAGGGAGCUCUAAACCUCACAUUUGAGGACUCUCUAAUGCUGAAGGAGGUGGAGAGUGAGAACAGUGGAGUGGCUGAGGGCCAAUACCAGCCUCCAGACUGCCUCGCCCAGCAGAGUGUGGCUAUCCUCAUUCCUCAUCGUAACCGGGAGAAACACCUCCUCUACCUCCUGCAUCACCUACACCCCUUCCUUCAGAGGCAGCAGCUGCACUACAGCAUCUACGUCAUCCACCAGGCUGGAGAGGUGACGUUUAACCGUGCCAAGCUACUUAAUGUUGGGUACUUGGAGGCACUCAAGGACUACGAUUGGGAUUGCUUCGUUUUUCAUGAUGUGGAUCUGGUUCCAGAGAACGACUACAACCUAUACAAGUGUGACCAACAGCCCAAACACUUAGUGGUCGGCAGGAACGCCACAGGGUACAAAUUGCGAUACAAAGGGUACUUUGGAGGGGUGACGGCCAUGACGAAGGACCAGUUUCACAAAGUGAACGGCUUUUCAAACACUUACUGGGGAUGGGGAGGGGAGGAUGAUGACCUUCGCAUCAGGGUGGAGCUCCAGAAAAUGGAAAUUAUACGACCCCCCCCUCUCAUAGCACGCUAUACCAUGGUAUUUCAUAAAAGAGACAGCGGCAACGAAAUCAAUAAAGACAGGAUGCGUUUGCUAGCACGGACACCUAAAGUCUGGAGAAAGGAUGGCCUUAACACCUGUUCCUACAGUACUCUAUCAGUUGAGAGGCCGCCUCUGUACAUUAAUGUCACCGUUGACAUUGGCGAACCAAUGCACUGAUGCUUCAGAGCACCUCUCUUCAUUUACUGCAGUGUGUACAGGAUUAUUGAUCUGGCAUGUCCAUGCCUACAUGUUACUUACCAGAGGGUCGCAAACAGAAGGUUAGUGGCAGUAGCUGUUGACCAUAAUUAAUGUGAUCUACUCAGUUUUCACUGUAAACCAUUCCAAGCAGGGCAUGUAAAAUUGCUAGGUCCUCAUAAUGUAAGUCUGGAAGCCCUAUACAGUCAAACCUGGUGACCAGGUUCUAGGGGUGAGAGUAAGACCAAAAUAUAUAUUUUUCUCUACAACAGAGCAUUAUUUGAUUUAUCCUAGACUUAAAGGGGAAAUCUGCAAUUGCUACAUCAAUUUUGGGACUUAUAAAUUAAUGAUAUUUAUCCAUUGAUUCUUGAAGAAUGUAACUUUUAUAAAUGCU